UAGGCACUGGAUACUUCCUAAGGAAGUCUGGGCCCACCCUGGAAGUCUCCUGGCAAAGCAAGUUCUAAGACAGGUUCUAUGGGAAAAACCUGGGCGAAGGGCCCAACAGCAGAUUGAUUCUGCUCAUUUGUUCAGGAUUUUGUUUUGUUUUGUUUUGUUUUACUAAGAAUGAAAUCCAGGGCCUCACACAUCUAGACAAGCAAUCUACCACUGAGCUGCACCUCAAGCCGUUUUAUCUUUUGAGAUAAUGUCUCACUAAGUUCCCCAGGCUGGCCUCAAAGUUGUGAACCUCCUGCCUCAGCACCAUGGAUGGCUGGAGUUAGAAGUAACUGGGAUUACAGGCAUGUACCACAGCACCCAGCCACUCAGGUUUUAAAGUCAUUGAAUACUCGGGGGAGGCAGAAAGUAGUGCCCGCAGAGGGAGCAGCAUGUGAAGGACUCCAUGGGAUCUGGCAACAGCACAGAGGAGCUCCCACCAUGCUGUGGCCCCUGCUGCUGCUCCCAUUGCUCUUGCUGGCCGUGUGUGCAACACAGACAACCCAGCCAUGCUUCCCUGGUUGCCAAUGUGAGGUGGAGACCUUUGGCCUCUUUGACAGCUUUAGCCUGACCCGAGUGGACUGCAGUGGCCUGGGCCCCCACAUUGUGCCUGUGCCCAUCCCGCUGGACACAGCCCACCUCGACUUGUCCUCCAACCGGCUGGAGACUGUGAAUGAGUCGGCAUUGGCAGGGCCCGGUUAUACUACACUGGCUGGCCUGGAUCUCAGCCACAACCUACUCACCAGCAUCUCACCCACUGCCUUUUCCCGCCUUCGCUACCUGGAGUCUCUGGACCUAAGUCACAAUGGCCUGGCAGCCCUGCCAGCUGAGAGCUUCACCAGCUCCCCUCUGAGUGAAGUGAACCUCAGCCACAACCGGCUCCGGGAGGUGUCAGUGUCUGCCUUCACCACCCACAGCCAGGCGCGGGCGCUGCAUGUGGACCUCUCCCACAACCUCCUGCACCGCCUGGUGCCCCAGCCUGCAGGGACCGGCCUGCCCCCUCCCACCAUUCAGAGUCUGAACCUGGCCUGGAACCGGCUCCGUGCUGUUCCCCACCUGCGAGACCUGCCCCUGCGCUACCUGAGCCUGGAUGGUAACCCCCUGGCAGCCAUUGGCCCAGGUGCCUUUGUGGGACUGGAGGGCCUUACACACCUGUCGCUGGCCAGCCUACACGGUCUCCCCCAGCUGGCACCCCAUGGCUUCCGUGAGCUGCCUGGCUUGCAGGUCCUGGACCUGUCAGGCAACCCCAAGCUCAAGUGGGCAGGAACUGAGGUGUUCUCGGGCCUGGGCUCACUGCAGGAGCUGGACCUGUCAGGCACGGGACUGGUGCCCCUGCCUGAGAUACUGUUGCAUCACCUCCCAGCGCUGCAGAGAGUCAGUGUGGGCCAGGGCACACAGUGCUGGCGUCUUGUGCGGGAGGGGGCCUAUCCUCGGCAGCCUGGCUCCAGCCCCAAGGUGGCACUGCACUGUGGGGACACCCAGGAAUCCGUUGCCCAGGGCCCAGACAUUUUGUGACGAAUGAUGUGGCCCGGGGCCACAAGACAGACUGCUGCCCUGGGCUUGCUCAGGUCCCACAUAACUUAUAUUUUAAUGUGCCAUUGCCAGUGGAGAAUCUGUAGGCCUGUGUGGUGGCAUCACCACAGAGUUGUGGGCCUGGGAAGGGCUUUGUGCCUGGGUCAACACCCUUUGUCCCCAUUGUCCCUCUAAACUGUGAGCAGAGGGAUCUCCAUGCCAAGCCAGACUCUGGUCCCUGUCUGUUGCCCUUUCUCACUUGUCCCCCAAGUGCCUUUCCUCUUGCUUGGGCUGAUCUGACCCAUGGCAGGAGGAGGGUGGGUGGGAGCUACCACUGCAGGGCAUACUCAGGUCCACUGGGUGAGCGUCGUCUUGGCCCAUGGUCCAGUCUUUUAGGAGCAGGAUUCCCUUUUACAACUUAUCCUUUCUUUGCUCUGGAAUCCUGGGUAGAAGAACUUCAGUUAUUGAAGGGACUAAAGGAAAAACCAAGUCUGUCCUCCUUGUGGGACAGAUGGGAAAUUGAGGCCUAGAGAAGGAAUGUAAUCUGGGGUCCCCUGAGUGGAAGCUUGACCAGAACCCAGCUUCCUGCCUCCUGCCUGCACUCUCUACACUUCCUGUUUUCUCCAAGUCAUCCUUUUCCUGGGCUUCCCCUUGCUGUUCCUGCCCUUUCCUUGUCAUCACAGCAGCAGGAGAAAAACAGAUAAGGUCCACAGAGGUGGGAGUGUGGGCACACUGACGAGCUGUGUGGCCUGAGCAAAGUCACUUAGUUUACAGCCUCUGAGCUUGGGGCACGCCAGUCCCAGGCCUUCACUUUCUCCUGAGAUGAGGUCUCUAAGAGUCAAGACUGGAAAGAUGCCCGUUCCCCAGGACAUGCUCCCCCUUGGAGCUGAUGCUGUUCUAGAGCCCAUCCAGCCAUGAGCUACACGGGCCUCCUUGAUUCAGUCCCCACAGGCUGGAGCCCAGGAGUUCCACCCACCUUCCCAUAGGCAGGGUCUUUCCCACCCACACUUAGGCUCCACCCCAGGGUAACAUCUCAGCUUCCCAGCUCUGGGCUUUUUCCUUUGUCUUCAUUUUCUAAGAGUCAUUGCCUUUUUUAAUGAAUUGUUGCUUUCAACUCCCACCCCCCUACCUCUGCUGGCAGGGGAUGGAAACAUCAUUUGUAAAAUGGGAAGAGUGGCAUUUGUUCACUUUUAUAAUACUGUGUUCUGGGUACAUAUUGGUCUCGGGCAGAAACCAGCCAUCCGUAGCCAUGUGGGCAUCGGGGCUGGUCCCAAAGAUAAUGCUCUCCAGGCAGUGAGAGCUCUUUCUCCACCAGCUCACCCAGUACCUGAUUGGUGCUUGGUUUAAUAAAUGCUACAAAGAUUUCUUUCCGUCAUUUAAGCUGCAUCUGCUGACACUGCCUAAACUGGGCUCUGGGCUCACAAGGAUGAGUGAGGCCAGGCCGUGGCAUAUCAUUUGCCCCGAGAAGCCGAAUAAUCUCCAGGGUAUGGGAAGUAAGGUGACAUGAGGGAGGGAGUCGCUGAGGUGUACUGGGCCUUUCGCUACAGCCGGCGGUCUGCCUCCUUCACCCCUUCUGGUCACCCCAACCCCACCUGCUGGCUGUCCCGCUGUAGCCUUGAGCACACAGAUGCCUUUGCCCCAGCUGUCACUGUGGGACCUGACCUUGCCCCAACCCGGCCUCUUCAGCCCCCUUCCCACCAGGAGACCCCAUUCCUGUCCUGCUGUAGCAGCUUUCCCAAAGUCUCCUUCCUGUCCCUCUGUCAAAUGCAAUAGUACCGUACUUCGUUCAUGCUCAGUGUUUUCAGCUGUUGGGCUCCCUAACUCCCUUCACUGACAGGGAACUCCCUUCUAGUUCAUUUGGUGCCUUUGCUGUCAGCAGUUCUCACUGUUCACACCCUACAGGAACCCCCAUAACACGUUAGCAAUGAAGUGAGAUCAAAAUGUAUGAUGAAUGUUUUAACUUUUUAAAAUUUAUUACAAUAAAGACACAUCACUAAUCAGCUUCAAGGGAGUCCCCCCUCACCUCAUUCUUGCUACUUUUCUGAAGCACUUCUGAAAGUUUUCUUUCGUGAACAUCUUUACGAGGGGUGAGCAAAAAUACAGUGAAAGCUGCUGCUCAGUGCCAUCCAACAAAAAGGCAGACUCAAAAACAUGAUGUGUCUUUAUCCGUCUUACUCACCCAACCUGGCACGGUGUUACUUCUGGCUCUUCCACAAAGUCAGUGGCUGUUGAAAGGUAAAUGUUUUGAAUCAAUUCAGGACAUUGAGACAGGUGUGAUAGCGCAACUGAAAACAAUGGACUUCCAGAACCGUCAGAUAAGUGAAGCAAGGGGCGUAUCUUAAGGGAUUCAUGGCAAUGUGUCUGCGCUGUAAGAAUUUAAACAAAAGCUAAGUAUUCACUGUAUUUUUAGAUAACACCGAGUACUUUGCCAGACCCUGUGCUGGGUGGCAAGAUAAAUCCACCCAAGUCCCAUGUCU